AUGAUUUACAAAACCAUACAAUACCUGGUACAACAUACGAAUAUCGGAGUACACUAUGAUAGAGAUCUUAACAAAGAUAAGAAAAUUACUACCAUCGCAGAUGCAUCAGUUGGAACAGAAUACGAUGCACAGUCAAUAAUUGGUGUGAUAAUUUGGUAUGAAAAAAAUAUCUUCAAUGUGUACUCAAAUGAAAGCUCAAACAAGUGCGUAUCAUUAACUGAAGCGGAACUUCAUGCUAUAUAUGAAGGCUAUGCAGACUCAGAAAUCCUGAAAGUAAUCUUAACAGAAUUCGGAGAAGGUGGAGAUAAAGAACUUACAAUGCUUACUGAUUCAAAGUGA